AUGCCGCGCGGAGUUUGCGGCCGGCUCGCCUCAGCGCUGCGGGGGACACGCGCACAGCCGCCCGCGGUCGCCCAGAGGUGUGUGCACGCGUCGGUGUCGCGGCCGUCCCCAGACCAGAGCGAGCGGACGCGGGAACCGCCCCGCGCCUUCGACCCAGCGCUGCUGGAGUUCCUGGUGUGCCCGCUCUCCAAGAAGCCGCUCCGAUAUGAAGCAUCGACAAAUGAAUUGAUUAACGAAGAGUUAGGAAUAGCCUAUCCAAUUAUUGCUGGGAUUCCUAAUAUACCACAGGCAGCUAGGAUGACACAUCAAAAUAAGAAGCAAGAAGAAACGGAGCAGCAUUAG